AUGACUGUGUAUAAAUACAGAUUCGAAUGGCUGUCCAGCGACGCCAAACAGGUGUACGUCACUGGAUCGUUCGACGGUUGGUCCAAAACGUGCCAGCUGGACAAAACAGGCGUGGGUUUUGCCAAGGUUGUUGAGUUGCCCUUUGAAAAGAUCGUCUUCAAGUUUGUUGUGGACAACCAAUGGUACACUUCUGACAAUGACAAGAAGGAGUACGACGAGUGCGGGAAUCUCAACAACGUGCUGUAUCCGGACGAUUUAAUUAGAUACGACAACGAGGAUGGCGCCAGCGAGUUCACGGCCAUCUCGUACCCAGACGCAGACGGCGACGACGCUGGCCGUGUGGCGCACGCGCAGCGCGAGGUCCCUGACGAGGAGGACCUGGGCAGCUCCACGCAGGUCACACUGAAAGACGAGUAUCCGAUGUCCGAGUCCAGCGGACACGGGAUUUUCGCGCGCCUGCGCUCGUUCUUCAAAUAGUGGUGUGUCGACAUGUUGGUUGCUUUAUUUAGGCUUUGCUUUUGUGCCUAAUGGCACUCAUUGGUUUGCCCAUUUGGCGAACUCGGCUCUUUUUUGUUUCAAUGCCAGGUAUCCCGGUCGGUUGAUCAGUUCCUCAAACAACGCCACUCCUUGCACCUCCAGCUCUUCAGUGGCCUUUUCCAUAUAAAUGUACUUGAGCGGCUCCUGUUUGUAUCCCCUCACCUCCUUGCCUGUGACGAUGUCGUGCUUGGGGCUUGGACGCGGAACCCCGGCCAAACUGCCCACCAGAACCAACACGCACGCCAAACAGGCUUCCAGCUGGACGUCCAACGGCAGAGCGUCGCCCAGCUGGUGGAAUUGGUACGAAGAGUACGCGGAAUUGGCAAACAAAAUGGCCGCUCCAACGUAACAGAC